AGCGCUCCUUCAUUUAUUACAGUAAGUCUACCACCACAUACUUAGCGACUAUUAGUUUAGACGAAUAUGAGAGUUGAUGUUCCACACAACAUUCCGCAUUAUCUGAAUUGGGAAGAACAACCAUCGAAUCUACGGCCACCGCCAUGACCGGAGUUGCGUCCAAGGUCGCCGUGAUCGGCAGUGGGAUUUUCAGUUUCAGGAGCAGUCUGCGCGUCAAUUCUGGCUAAGAAUGGAAUAUCUGUCACCAUUUUCGAGUCCGCCAGAGGUGCCGGCGGCCGCAUGUCUCAGCGAAGAGAACUUUGUGAAGAUGGGAGAGAGCUAUUGUUUGAUCACGGUGCGCCGUACUUCACCGUGAGUGCUGGAAAUUUAGAGGUGCAAAGUCUAGUUAAUGACUGGGAAUCAAGAGGUCUUGUCGCUGAGUGGAAGGAAAAGUUUGGUUCUUUUGAUUUUAGCUCUAAAAAGUUUGUGGACAUUGAAGAGGAAUGGUCAAACAAGAGAUAUGUUGGUGUCCCUGGAAUGAACUCUAUCUGCAGAGCAUUAUGCCACGAGCCUGGAGUGGAAACCAGGUUUGGGCUUGGAAUUGGAACACUGGAUUGGUCAGAGGAUGAUGAUGCAUGGUCCUUGCGGAGCUUGGAUGGACAAGAUGUUGGCAAUUUUAAGGGGGUUGUGGCAUCAGAUAAAAGCACAUUUUCGUCCAGGUUUACAAAUGUCACAGGCAAACCACCACCUAUUGAUUUGGUUUCAGUUUCAGACACGGCCUUGCAGAUUAAAGAAAUUCCAGUUUUACCAUGCUUUGCUCUUAUGUUGGCAUUUGAACAGCCUCUUUCCUUGCUACCUACAAAAGGCAUUUCUUUCAAGAACUCAGAAGUUCUAAGCUGGGCUUAUUGUGAUAGCAGCAAGCCAGGACGUUCUACCACUAGUGAGCGCUGGGUGCUGCAUUCGACCACAGAAUAUGCAGAGCAUAUUAUUUCUCAAACAGGAUUGCAGAAGCCUUCUCCUGCAUUAUUGACAAAAGUAGCUGAGCAACUAUUUCAAGAAUUCCGAAGCACCGGACUUCACAUCUCACAGCCAUUUUUCAUGAAAGCUCAUAGAUGGGGAAGUGCUUUCCCAGCUGCCAGUGUCGCCGGGGAGGAGAAAUGCCUGUGGGUAGGAAAGAAGAGAUUAGCUAUUUGUGGAGACUUUUGCGUCACGCCAAAUGUCGAAGGUGCCAUAUGCAGCGGCAUCGCUGCAGCUUCAAAGUUUGUUAAAGUGCUUAGUACCUUAUAAACUGCAAACAAAAUGGAUCAUGUGGUAAUUUUCACCACGAUAAAUUAUGGAAUCUGUUUCUCUGAACAGUAAAAUAGUUGCAUCAAAGGGGAUUUGAAGGACCGAUAACCAUU